AUGGUGGACACGCGCGCUAAUGACUAUGCCGGAACCAGCAACAACGCGCAAAACCGCCCCAGAAACCAAUGCGGACCCGUCCCCAUAGGGGCUAACAUUCCUAAUAAUCCAGGACAUCAAAUUUUGGAGGGAUUAGGGCAAGUAAGGAACAAUCGGCAGAAUAAGAGGACUUGUCUCUUUUCUGAGUUUCAAAAGCAAAGGCCCCCAAAGUUCACUGGUGUGCCGGACCCAAAGGUAGCUGAAAACUGGUUUCGGCAGAUAGAGAAAAUGCUAGACACCAUGGGCAUAAUCGAGGCCGCUGAUAGAAUAGCUUUGGCAGUAUUCGAGCUUGAUGAUGAGGCUGACCACUGGUGGGAGUUAAUCAAGAACACUCGUGAUGUAGCGAGCCUAUCAUGGAACCAGUUCAGGGAACUGUUCCUAAAUAAAUAUUUUCCAAAUACGGUCCGUCGAGAGCAAGUCAAGGAAUUCCAAAACCUGGAACAAGGAAACAUGACCGUGACCCAAUAUGCUGCAAAAUUUGAAGAACUAGCCCGUUACGCAACUAGAUUUGUAGCAAAUGAUGAAGAGAAGGCAAGGAUGUUCGAGUGGGGGUUGGACCUUACAAUCAGGGGAAGAGUUCUUCCGCAACGACUCCCCACAUUUGCUGGGGUGUUGGAUACGACGUUAGAGUCUGAGAGGGAAGUAACAGACGCUAGAAAGGCUUGGAACAAGAGGAGAGGGAGUCAGACGUCUGUUGGACCUCAAAGGAACCAAAAAGGAAACAUGACGCCAAAGCCCUACUCCAGACCACAACCACAACAGCAACAGAUCCAGAGAGGAGGCUAUUAA